AGCGCGAGAGCGUUUCACUCACCCCGAAUCCUGGAAAGAGGGACCCACAGAGCGGACCCGUCCUGUGGACCCGAACCGCCUUCAAAUGCCCGAUUUAUUGGUGUCUUCACUUUAUAAGAAGGCUCAUUUCCAAAAUGACUUGGAACUGCAUGAGCUUUGACUGAACGAGCGACACCUGCUCUCUCUCUCUCUCUCUCUCUGGCAUCUGUGCAGCUCCGGGGAGAAAGGAGAGCGUCGGAGAGGAGGAGGAGGAGGAGCGGGGUGUACCUGACACUUGGUGAGAGCGCGUAGCAGCUCUCUGAUCGCGGAGACGCAGCCGGAGCCUCCUCCUGCCCGUUCACUCACCGCUAAUCUCGGCUUUGCGCAGUUUUGGACGGGAGGCGGUGUUUUCUGUCGACAGGGCGCAAAGUCUGCGAAAUCAAAACUGCAACAAAGCCCCGGAGGCUGCCUCCGAACAGCCCCAGUGAGUGGGACCGGGGGUGCUCGGGGUUUUGGCGGCUGAGAGCGGACUUCACCUCCAGGAUGCGUCUCGGGGCGCUUCUCUGCGCGUCGGUGUGCCUGUUUGCAGCACCGGGCCCGGCGGCCGGGGCGGAGAGGAGCUGCGCCGACCUGCGGCAGUUCUACACGGGGAAGGGCUUCACUCUGGACGGGGUGCCCCAGACCGAGAUCUCCGGUGAACAUCUGAGGAUGUGUCCUCAGGGUCCGACCUGCUGCACCAGCGCCACGGAGGAGAACCUGGCCAAUGUGAGCACCCGCGAGACGGAGGCAUUGAUCAGAGAGGCCGGCAGAUCGCUGCAGGCUUCCUUCAACAGCCUCUACAGGGGCUUUGACAUCUACUUCACUGAGCUGCACAGUCGUUCCGAGCGCUCCCUGCAGGAGGCGCUGUCUCCUCUGGGCGACCUGUACUCCAAGAACACGCACCUGUACGGGGACCUGUACGGCGACCUGCGCCGCUACUACCGCGGCUCCGCGCUCAACCUGGACGAGACGCUCACCGACUUCUGGUCGCGUCUUCUGGAGCGGAGCUUCAAGGCCUCUGCGCCGCCACACGUCGUCCUAUCAGAGGACUACCUUGAAUGCGUUGCUAAGCAACAGGAGACGCUGCGGCCAUUCGGAGACGUCCCUCGGGACAUGAAGGCGAAGGUGAUCCGGGCCUUUGUCACAGCGAGGUCGUUUGUCCAGGGGCUGGUGAUCAGCGCCGACGUGGCCAAGAAGGUGUCACAGGUUCCUCUGAGCGCAGAAUGCACCAGGUCCCUGAUGAAGCUGGUUUACUGCCCUCACUGCCGAGGCCUGGCUUCAGUCAAACCCUGCUCCAACUACUGCUCCAACGUCAUGAAGGGCUGCCUGGCCAACCAGGCCGACCUGGACCCCGAGUGGCAGCACCUCAUAGACACCAUGAUCCAGGUGGCGUCCAGUUUCAGCACGGACCCCAGCCUGGACGUGGUCCUCUCCUCCAUCCCCGCCCGCAUCCACGAGGCCGUUCACUACCUGCAGGAAAACAUGGACGCCUUCACUGCAAAGGUGUAUCAGACGUGUGGAGCUCCAGGUGAAGCCGGCACAGGAAGUCCCGCCCUUCAUGAGCAGAAGAGGAAGAGCGGCUCCCUGACGGCCUCCGAGUACAAACCGUCCCCGACAGCUGGACUCCGACUGGAGAUGCAGGUGUCGGAUCUUUCCAGUAAGCUGAGGGAGAUGCGCCACUACUGGAUCCAGCUCCCCAUCGCCCUCUGCAGCAAACUGGCGACAGGAGGCGCCGCUCAAGACAAAUGCUGGAACGGCAUCACCAAAGCCAGGUACCUCCCAGAGGUGAUGGGCGACGGCCUGGCCAAUCAGAUUAACAACCCAGAGGUGGAGCUGGACAUCACAAAACCCGACAUGACGAUCCGGCAGCAGAUCAUGCAGCUGAAAAUCAUGAGCAACAAGCUGAAAAAUGCGCUGGAGGGCAACGACGUGGACUUCCAGGAUGCAAGUGACGACAUCAGCGGCUCAGGGAGCGGCAUGUGUCUGGGCAGCCACUGCGCCCGCAGGCCGGACCUGUACGCGUUCCGACCGGACAACCGGGUCACGGGCGGCGCCGCGCGUCACACGCGUCUGGGCAGCGCCUUCGUGCUGCUCCCGCUCCUCGUCCUGCUGCUUCAGCGAUGAUGCAGCAGGUGCCACCGCCUCCUCAUCAGACUCCAAAGCCUCGAGCAGCGCUGAACUCUGGACCCUGAACCCCACUGAAAGGACACAGUGGGGUUUGAAUACAACUUUGCCAAAAAAAGACCUUUUGUGGGAAUUAAUAAACUUUGAACCUUUCCUUUGACCAAGCGGAGCAAAAAAAAAAAAGGACGGUGACUUUAUUGUUGAUUUUAUUUUGCUCAGUCUUAGUUUGACGGCGAUUCAGUUUGUUGAGCUGGUUUCAGCGGAUCCGUGGGACGAGGAGGACCAAAGGAUGAAGGGAACAAUGGGGAACCUGGUCAUGAUGAAUCCCUGGCUCUCCAUCGGUGCCGCGACGUGUGCACGUUCGAGCCGGGCUUUUAACGUUGUUUUUAAAGUUUAAAGUGUGGAGGUGAACAAACGUUGUGUACGGUGUAAAUGUUUGUGUACUUUAACUAACAGACUGGCACCAUACUGAGCCCUGAAUGUACAGCAUCAUACUCUACUGGCAGUGAACCCUAUAAUCUGUGAUAGUCGUCCAGAUGUUUGGUGUGUUGACAUGAACAUACACUCAGUAGGACUGUUUGAAGUAUUACAGACCCACAAUCACGCUCUUGAAACGUAUGAGAUGUCGUUUUGAAAGAUUUUGCAUCCUUUUUUAUUUGAGCCUGUCAGGAAAAAAAGAGCAACAAUGAGCAGCGUCCUGGUAUAAACAAGCACAGGUCAUUCUUGCUUCUGUUGUGUUGUUGUGUAAUAACCACGAGCAGCACAGUGACGUCCAGUGAGUCGAGCGGCACCGGAAGCACUGGUUCCGCUUCCACGACCCUUCGCCUUCAUCUGCUCCGGAUAAUGACCCACCACAUCCUCAGUGUUGCUACAGUACUGACACCGUGUGUGCGUUCGCCUGGUGUUUAUCGCUGACUCAGCAUGCCUUCGUUUACAUGCAGUACCAGAUCCAGCGCAGACGCACAAACAGGCGCUGUGCUGUAUUUAAUCGCACAUUUCACUCAUUAAACUCUGAUUGUAGCAGUGGAUGUUUGACACGGACAGUUUGAUUUCCAUUGUUGGUUAUUGAGCGACAUGUGAAAAACAAUAGAUGAGGAUGUCAGAAACGCAGCAGGUGUUUCUUAACUCAAAGACUGCGGACGAGGGAAAUGCCAGAGUUGUGGCUCAAACGUACUAAUAACACGAAGCUACGUAGCAUCAGCCUUUUUUCCAUUAAUUUUAGCGACGUCGGCCUGAUAUCGAUCUUUACAUUUUAAAUUCAGGCUGCUUCGCUUUUAAAGGCCAUUCUCCAUCAGCACGAAGUGAAGCGUUUCCAGGUUUUCACCUGUAGCUCGACAUCCCAUUAACAGACAACAGCCUGGUUGAUGAUGUCUGGUCCUGAAUCUGUUGUUGGUCUCUUUUUCUUAUUCAUUGUUUUCAUCUUCUGAAUAGAAACCACCAAUCUACAAUAAUUCCAUCAUUUCUCUGUUUCUGCACCACAGCUAUGAGCAGGCGCAUACAGUAGCCCCCCUGCCGUGGGAAAACAGGGCCGUGCACUGUGUGUGGGGACAAUCACAUCAUCAGGGGGCAUCAGAGGCAAUGAAUGAUUUAUGCUCCAGAUGCUGGUGUUUAAAAUCUGACAGAAUGAGGGAAAAGGAGCAGCAGACACGAAGGAGCUCUGCGUUAACUUCAAGUGUGAACGACAGAAAAGCCCUGAAUGCUUCAGUGUUCAGAGUGAAGUGACACUUGUCUCGUCCUGUAAAUAACCAAUAAAUUCAAUUUAAAGCAAA